UGGAUUGUGUAAUUCUAUUCCGCCUAUUUGUGUUGUUCGUUAGAAUGCUGUAACGAACUGUACCUGCUGUUUUGGGUUGCAUCGAGUUUGUGUGAGUGUGACUGUGUUUUAUACGCGCUGUGUUGUGUACUGUGAUCAACUCCCCUCGACGAAACCGAAAGUGAACGCCUUCCUCAGUUUGUCUGCUUGGCCUGAUCGUAAGAACGUGUUUACAGCUUCCUCGUUAAAGCGCGCAGAUUUAUUAUUUUGCUAACCCGUUGUGUUUUUCGUCGGCGUUCGUAUAUUCUUUUUCUGUUUAUUUUUUUUUUCGAAAAAUUUUUUUCAAAGAAGAUUUGCGCGCCGAAGUUCGACGAUUUAUCAUCGCGGUGCGUUUUAACAGAAAUUGUUUCGCGUUCGCCUGUGCUUUUUCUUCUUCGGUAUGAGUUUCUCGUGUUUUUAUUGCGUUCAUUGAUCGGGGUUGUUCGAUGUGAUUGUUUUCAUCGCGCAGUGAUCGGAAGAUAGUGUUUAAAUAUGUGUUGAUGCAGAAUGCCCUUACAACGAAUUUGGAUUGUAUAUGGUGUUUUAUUAUUCCUAUUAGAGAAUUAUGUAUGAUUGUGAGGGCGACAGUAGUGGUCUGCUGACCCUGCACUAUGGCAAACACAACAUUUCUUUAAUAGAAGAAAUACGACAAUGGUUUGUUUGUGAUACGUUCGCCGAUAUGACUAUAAUUUGCGAGAAAGGCGUACCGGUGAAGGCCCAUCGUUUGGUUUUAGCCUCUGCUAGUCCUUUGGUCAAACGAUUGCUAGAAGAUGAAGUUGCUACCUCAGAAAGAAAUAACGUUACCAUACAGAUACCAGAUAUUAAAGAAUCUCAUAUGAAGAUCGUGUUAACGUUUUUGUAUACGGGACAAGUUAAUGUCGAAUCAAGCGAGCUAGACAGCAUAACGGAAUUAUUCCAUUUACUCGAAAUAAAAUCCGAGUUAUGGGAUAAGACGUUUGAAGACGAGUCUAAAACUACAAUCAAACGUCGCCUGUCUUCUGACGAUAGAAGUUCCGAAGAAGUGGGCUCGUCUGUUAGUCAAAAUGAAAAUGAAGAAGACGAAGAAUGCCCUUCGCCGAAUCAUUUACGUAGAAGACGCAGCUCAUCGAUACCGAUCAAUUUAUCAGUUCCAAAUAAAAUUGAUUCUAAGUCAACUUCGCUAUCCAUUGAUAGAAAUGUUUCUAAGUUCGCAGAUGUACACAGAAAAGCGCGUAGAAAAAGUUCGCCCGAAUCUAGCGACACGUUUGUUAAAGAGAAAUCCCAUUUUGCUCUUAGUCAUCUGCAAGAUCGCAGUAAUUGGCAUAUUAGUUUGAAGAGGAGUUCUUCGGAGUUAGAUUAUUAUUCUCAUAUUAGUCCAGAUGCCGAUGAAGAUAAUAAAAUACCCGAGGAUUUAAUACAUCAGCAAAAUAUGCCGGAUAAUUACGUUGUUACCCCGCACCGGAAACGUAGACCGGGUUUCCAUAAUUCACCAUCGCAGAAUCCCUUUUCGCCAUCUUAUAUAGACGAGAUAUCGUAUAUUCAUCAUAGGUAUUUUCACCCAAUGAACACCUCAACAGCUCCAUAUUUAACGGAUAGAUCAUCGCAUACGCCACCUUCACCUUCACAUACUCACCACGUGCCGCACCUGUUGAAUUCCGUCGAAGAAUUAGUGGUCAAGUAUAGACCGCCCAGCGAAGACCGUUUGACCGCCGCGCCUGCCGGCUCGCCUGAGUCCAGUCCUUACCAUAUUGAUGCUAAUAAUAGAGAUAGUCCGUGGCCCCAUUGGACCGCACCGCCUCAAACCAUGCUACCUUUUGUUAAAACAGAAAAUGCAGCUUUAUCUGGUACUGAUAAAAGUCCACCAAGCAGAUCAGAAGCCGAUGACACGCCACCAGAAAACGAUACCGGUAAACAAAGUUCAUCAGGCGGUUCGAGCAGAGAAUACCGUUGCUCAUAUUGCGGCAAACAGUUCGGCAUGAGCUGGAACCUGAAAACUCACCUCAGGGUUCACACGGGCGAAAAACCAUUCGCUUGUCGACUUUGUGUAGCUAUGUUCAAGCAGAAAGCUCACCUGCUUAAGCAUUUAUGCUCGGUGCAUCGUAAUGUUAUAUCGAGCGGCGAUAGUGAUUCGAACCAGUUCAACUGUUGUUUCUGUCAGAUGAGCUUUGAUACUCUACAAGAGCUAAUCAGACAUUUCUCCGGACCUCAUAAUAAUUUAUUAUUAAGUAAAAAUCUGCAAGAACAAGUUAUAUGAGUUAACUGAAGACAGUUUGGGUUUUGAGAGGAAUUUUUUUUUUUUAGUGCCAUUCUGACUCGAUGACGAGUGUAUACCUCUAUUUCAAGGUAGUUUUUAUUUGUGUUGUUUUAUAAUUUUUCUUUUUUUUUUUCUUUAAGUCGUAGCGUGUGUGUAUUGUGUGUGUAUGUAUCGACGUGUUUUUUUCCCCUUGCUCUGUUCAUACGCCACGUGCAUGCUGCAGAGCGACGCAGAGUCGAUCGAGUACGAGUACGCGUUAUUGAUUCUUAGAAUUAUUUGAUAUCGAGGUAAAUUGUGUAUGAUUUUUAUUUAUUCAUUUUUCUCUUAUGCAUAUGCGAUUCGAUAAUGAUUAAUUUACCCAUGCUUUUUUUUUUCGUAAUUGAAUCUCAAGAAUUGAUCUCAGUAUGAUUGUAAUUAUUUAACAGUAGUUGAACGUUGAUUUAUCUAUCGUUGGUCGAGAUUAUUUUUUAUUUUGAGAUCGUUUUUCAAUGACGGUAGUAGUUUGACGAUAUUAUUUGCAAUUGUGAUUCCAUUUUUAUCGUACUGCUACAAAUUGACCAAUUUUGACUCUCGUUUGGUUUUAUCGAAUUAAAGUAAAGCGCUCAAAUGUGGCCACCUUAAGGUUUUUUUUUUUAGAUAGAUGCUACGUUCAUAUGUAUUAAAGUUCAUUUCGAUAAAUUUUAUGACAUUUUUAGAGGAACCAAAGUUUCCAAAAAAUUGUUGGAGGUUUCAAAAAACAUUCAAAAAUUUUCUGGAGGCUCCAGAACUGCUCAAAACGGUCCGAAUCCAUUUUUAUUAAAUUCGGAGAGUCGAAAAGAGGGUACAUACCGAAUUUCAGCUUUCUAGAUCAACGUGAUAGAAUUUCGAUUUCUUUAAAUUUACCAAAAAUCGAAAUUUUGGUUGGUGAUGUAUUUUUGCAUACUCUUUCGAUCUCUACCUUGGCUCUUGGCUCUAGAGUGGUGGUCACAUUUGGGCUCUUUACCUUAUCUAUCCCAAAACUGAAAUCAAACGAAAGGUCAAAGUAUAUUAUACAGAAAUAGUUUCUUGAUACUUAUUUAUUUAAAAACCCAUCUGUUCAAUAUCCCUACCAUCAAGUUUUAUAUUGUAGUGCUAAGGAAAUUCAUCCUUUAAGGAGGUGUUAUGAUCUCAUUGCAAUAUUAAAUAAAAUCUUGUAAUUUAAUAUUGUAUUUUAAUAAAUAAGUGUAUUUGAUAAAUAAUAUUCAAUCAACCCGCCUGUGAUAUUUGGUAAAAUAAUGAUUCGAAAUAUUCCAAAAACCAAUCAUUAUCGAUAAAAACCUCAAAAAAAUUACCAUCAUUAGGGAAAAUUGAUAAUUAUGUGUAAAGAUAUAUAUAUCUGUAAUAAAUUGGCAAAACCCCGUCAAUAAAUCGACUUGCUCGAGUAUGCCCUGUCAUCGUGUCAAAUCGUAAAAAAAAAAAAAUUAAAAUAGUUUAAUCAUCGCGCUAAUAAAUUGAAGAGAAAAAAAUCGUCCGGUUAUAUCUUGAUUGAACGACAAAUUAACCUUCCAUUCAAUUUCUCGUACGUUUGCCAUUUCAUUAAAUUGAAAUUGUAAGUUGAAUUUUACCAUUGCUCAUUCUUUACUAGGAAUUUUUUCUGUGACGUUGAAAGUGGCCCCAGUUUGAAUUGUAUUAUUAUCAUUUCGUGUUCCAAUAAUAAGUACGAGUAAAAAAUAACCCCCAAAUGCGAAUGUACGUACUUUGUAGUAUGUAAUACCUAUUUGAGUAAUGUAAGUACCUACGUAGAGGAUCCCAUUAGAAUACAUAUUUUUAUCAACCGAACUACAUUUUGCAAGGAUGCAUUUUCAACUAUCAAAAUUGAAACAAUAACAAUAAAAAUUCUAAAUUAUUAUACGAAUGGUAAAGUACAUUUUUAUAUACUCAUCUGUACGUUAAAAUAUGUUUCCAAAUACCAUAUUGAAUGAUCUGGUUCCAUUUAUUGCCUAUAGAGAAUUAGAAAUGAACUAUUUUAAUUAAAUAAGAAAAAAGCUCGAUCGGUGUAAGUUUAUAAAAAUAAACAAAGAAGGAUUUUUUUCUCAAAACGCGAACUGUCUUAUCAUAAGUUUCCUAUAGUAAUUUUUAAGCGUGUUAAAAUUACAUCGUACUUAUAUAAAAUAUACUUUGCAAGUAUAUGGCGGCAUAAAACAGGUCGCAGUUUAACGUACCCAACGGCCAGUACAUAAAUUUUAAUACUGCACUCAAUUAAUUGUUCACAUCCGUCGAGUUGAAAAUCAGUUUAAAACACAGUUUACCAUAAGAACUUUGUGAAGUUUUGCCUCAGCAAUGAGCACGAACGAGUCGCAGUAUUAAAAUUUAACAUUGGUAUAUUUUUAUUUUAAUUGAUAGAUUUUAUUACUUUCUGAUCUCAUAAAAAUAAUUUUUUUUUCUUUUUAUUUAUCUUAGAGAUAUGUAUAACAGAAGAAAGACAUAAAUAAAAUACCUACCAAAAAGUUCAUGUAUAAGAUCAUACGAUAUCUUCGGUACCGUCUAUGAAGAUUGAAGAAAGAGUUAUUGAUGUAAAAAAAAAAAAAUGUGUACGAAUAGUCAGUAUGUAUUUAAAACUCGGGAUUUUGAGAAGUACAUUUUUAUGAAAAUUUUUACAACGUGAAAAAAUGAUUUGUGUGCAGAUGUUUUGUGGAAAAUCAUGGCUUUCGUACUUAUUUGAUCACACGUUGCUCUCGCGUAAAUUUUUUCUUCGCGUUUUCCAACAUAGAUAAGCUAACGCUGCACAUAAUAACAUAAGUUUAAUAGGUAUUAUAACAAUGUAAAUUACUAUGUUAAAAACAAUUUUCAGUGAUUCUCAUUUAUGUAAAUACUGUAUUAAUAAAAUGAAAAGUAUUUCGUUA